GGCGACAGUCACCUGAUCGGCGGCGGCGGCGACAGAGACAGGCUGUAGCCACUGAAGCUACUGGAGCUACGAUGGCGGUGGCUGCUGCGGCUCGGGCGCCGGCGGCGACACGGUGGGCGCCCGCGCUCUGGCAGGUGCAAUGGCUGCUGCUGACGGCGACGGCAGCGGCGGAGCAGCAGGUGCCGCUGGUGUUGUGGUCGAGUGACCGGGACUUGUGGGCCCCGGUGGCCGACGCCCAUGAGGGCCACAUCACCAGCGACGUUCAGCUCUCUACCUACUUAGACCCCGCCCUGGAGCUGGGCCCCCGCAACGUGCUGCUUUUCCUGCAGGACAAGCUGAGCAUUGAAGACUUCACAGCGUAUGGUGGUGUCUUUGGUAACAAGCAGGACAGUGCCUUCUCCAACCUGGAGAAUGCACUGGACCUGGCCCCCUCUUCACUGGUGCUUCCAGCCGUUGACUGGUAUGCGGUCAGCACUCUGACCACAUACCUGCAGGAGAAGCUGGGGGCCAGCCCCCUGCACGUGGACCUGGCCACCCUGAGGGAGCUGAAGCUCAACGCCAGCCUCCCGGCCCUGCUGCUCAUCUACCUGCCAUACACAGCCAGCUCAGGUCUGAUGGCGCCGAGGGAAGUCCUCACAGGCAAUGAUGAGGUCAUCGGGCAGGUGCUGAGCACACUUAAGGCUGAGGAUGUGCCCUACACAGCGGCGCUCACAGCAGUCCGCCCUUCCAGGGUGGCCCGUGAUGUCGCCAUGGUGGCUGGGGGGCUCACUCGCCAGCUGCUGCAGAAGCAGCCAGCACCAGCCGCAGUCCACCCCCCUGUGAGUUACAAUGAUACCGCCCCGCGGAUCCUGUUCUGGGCCCAGAACUUCUCUGUGACCUACAAGGACAAGUUGGAGGACCUGACCCACCUCACCUUUGGGAUCCAGGACCUCAAUCUGACUGGUUCUUUCUGGAAUGGCACUGAUGCCAGGCUUGCACUGACUUAUGAUCAGCUCUUUGGUACUAUGGUGACAUUCAGGUUCCUUCUGGCCAACCGCUUCUACCCAGUGUCAGCCCGGAACUGGUUUACCUUGGAGCGCCUGGAAAUCCACAGCAAUGGCUCCGUGGCAGUCUUCAAUGUCUCCCAGAUCACAGGGCCCAGCAUCUACUCGUUCCACUGCCAGCACGUUAGCAGCCUGAGCAGGAAGGGCAACCUCCUGGUGCCUCAAGCACAGCCCUCGGCGUGGCAGAUCUCUUUCGAUGACUUCCAGAUCCAGGCCUUCAACGUGACGGGCGAGCAGUUCUCCUAUGCCAGCGACUGCGCAGGCUUCUUCUCCCCGGGCAUCUGGAUGGGGCUGCUUACAUCCCUCUUCAUGCUCUUCAUCUUCACCUACGGCCUGCACAUGAUCCUCAGCCUCAAGACCAUGGACCGCUUUGAUGACCACAAGGGCCCCACCAUCGUGCUCACCCAGAUCGUGUGACCCUGGGCCCCUGAGCCCAAGGGCAGGGUGUUCCAGUCAUUGUCUUCCCACCUCUACUCACACUGGAACACAGGACCCCCUCUCUUCCCCACCAUAGCAUGAACCCCAAGCCCCCCAAUCCUGUCUCGCUCCUGUGCAGCCUGCUGAGGGGCUUCCCCAGGGCCACCCCCUCCCCACCCGUAAGGUGUACAUAUCGCGUAGCUAGUCCUAGAGAGUCGAUGAAUCCACCCUCCAGGCAGUCGUUGAGGGGGAGGCCACGUAGUCUUAGGGUCCCUCCUCCCUUCUUAUUUAUUCUCCUCUCUGCUUCUCCACCCCCGCUGUUUAUAGUGCUUUCAUGUAACAGGAGCCCUCUCUGAGCCUCUCCAGGGCUCCUUGCAGCCCUCAGGAGUUUGAGGGGGUCAAGAAAUACAAUUGCUCUGUCUGUCCUGCUUGGCUAUCUGUCUGCACCGUGUUUUGGUGAUGUGGUAACAAGAAGCAGUACACUGGGUUUGGUUUCUGUGGCCUGAGCAGGAAGGCUUCCCUGAGGCAGGUGGGCUGGAUGUGCACCCUGGUUUGAGGGCAUGUGCCAGCCAGGGGAACCUGCCAGGUGCCCAGGGUGCUCAGUGGUUGCCUUCCUAAUAAAAUUAAGUCAGAUCGCCA